CAUUGAGACCUCAACCAGGAUGUCGCAACAAGAUGUUCCGUGGCCUCCAGCAUCGCCUCAUGAAGCUCACAUCAUAUCUUCACCGCCAAGUCAGCGGAAGAGAGCAGCGCUGGAAGCUCCAUUAUCGCCAAGUCCACUACGGAAGAGUGCGAAGAUCCCGCACGUCGCUAGUAGUGACGAAGAUGAAGACGAGGAUGAAGAAACCCUCGAACUUAAACUCGCCGAGAUCAAAGCCCAGCUCGCCCUCAAAAAGGUCCAAAAAGAAAAAGCCCGGAAGCGAAAAGCAGCAGAAAUCGAUGCUCUGCAAGUACCAAAGUCACCUACGCCCUCCCCGCAAAAACCACCAAUACACGCACAAUCACCCUCCCGCUCCCCUGCUCGAGUCCUCCUAAACCUCGACCGUGGCCUCACCGGUCGCGACAUCUCUUUAAGGAAACCGCCCACGCAGCCAGAUUUUACAUCAAAGACUCCACCGAGACCGUUGAAGACGUUUAACGACCGUCUGGCGGAGGCGAAGGAGGAGGAGAGGAGGAGGAGGGAGAGGGAGGUGUUGUUGAAGGAGAGUAGAUCGAAGGGAUUUGCGCCUAUAGCAAGACCUGUCACACCGCCAACUCAGACUUCACGGCCUACGCCAGUACAGCAACCAGGCCAUGAGAAGGUUCCGGUGCAGAUGAUCGGCGCAGUGGAGGAGGGGAGGAGAGCGAGAGAGGCUAUCCUGGCUGCAUCAUUCGAGUUUCCACAAGCCAAGUCACAGCAUCAACUACAAGAGGCAGACAUCGUUCUCGAGAAACCUACAGGCGGAAUCCUGGAACCAUAUUCAAAGCAAUACCUAACGAAACAACUCAUCGACAAAGAAGACCUAUCCGAACACUUUAGGGGCCGAACCCUCUUCACCAUCCCAGAUCUCUUGAAAACAGUUACGGGGCCAGCAUUCGAGGCACCCGACGUCGUGGGAGAUUGGAUCCUCCUCGGCAUCAUCGCCUCGAAAUCAGACGUCCGCACAGCCUCCAAAGGCGAACAAAGAAAAUACCUAGUCCUAACCCUCACCGACCUAAAAUACGACAUCGAAAUCUUCCUCUUCGGCCCCGCUUUCGAGAAAUUCUGGAAAGUCACCCGGGGGACGCUCAUCGCACUCCUCAACCCGGCCGUCAUGAAACCACGCGUCAGCACCGCUGUCACAUUCUCUCUCAACCUCUCUGAACCUGAAGACCAGUUGCUCGAGAUUGGGAGGUCGAGGGAUUUGGGGGUUUGUAGUGCGAUGAAGAAGGAUGGGGGGAGGUGUAAGAUGUGGGUUGAUUUACAGAAGGGGGAGUGGUGUGGGUUUCAUGUUGAUAUGAAUUUGAAGAAGAUUAGGAGUGGGAGGAUGGAGUUGGCUGUGUCGAAUGAGCCGCGACGAGGUGGAGGAGGAGGAAGAGGUGGUAGGGGAGGUGGAGGUGGUGGUGGUGGUGGUGGUAGUUAUGGAGGCGACGCACGCGGAACAGGCUUAUUACCCAGCGAUGGUGGAAGAGCAGAUUGGGUAAACAAAGGCACGGGCGCAAAAACGUACGUCAUGCCCGCCGCCUACGCCUCCUCCCACUUCUUCGACGACGACCCAGCCUCAACCGCAGCCCGCAAAGCCAAACUCAAAAAAGACCUCGAAGAUCGGAAGAAGGAGUUGGAAACGAUGAAGAAGCUCGCGAAAGUCUCCGGAGGUGGGGUCGGUGCUGAAUACAUGUCGAUCCAGUCCGGGGAAGGGGUCGUGGUGUCUCCAUCACAGGGGGAGGGAUCGAGUGGGAGUGCGUUUUCGGCACAGCAUGUUCGACGGCUUGGAUUUGAUCCGACGAAGAGGAGGGAGGGGAUGUAUCGAGCUGGUGGACCGCCGAAUGUGGAGGGGUUGUUGCAGGGUGGGGUUGCGAGUGGGGAGGUUAGGUUGAGUCCGGCAAAGGUGAAGGGGAAGGAGGUACAGAAGGCUGUUGAGGAAAGUGAUAGUGAUGAUUUGGAGUUUGUUUGAGAUUUUCGCAUGAUCUGAGUGUUUUUUUUGGGGAUAGGGUACGUCGAUUAACAUAAACGUGAUGAGGAAUAGUGCUGCAUACUGCAACAAGGAGCUCCUGAUAACUGAGUUGAGGAGGGAGAAAGAUGGGAAACGGACUAAUAACUGGUAACCGGGCGCUGGUCGUGACAGGGUAUCUUUUCGGUUAUAGUGGGAUAAGGAGAGGGCGUCCUAUCUUGCAUUUGAACGAGAUUUAGCGGUGUACCGUAUUAAAAUUCAUGUCAUUUUAUCAUCAUCAUCCUCGUUCCUCAUUUUUGCCGUCCAAAAAGACCGUCUCUAAACCUUCAAAGCAGCCUUU